GGUCACCUGCUGGGGGAGAUCCGAAGCGAACAAGGAAGUCUUGCACUGAGGACUGGAUGUCAGGCUUGCAACAACAACAACAACAACAAAAAAAACAACAACUAAAUACAUCUCCGCCGGAUAGCAGUCAUCUGCUCGUCGGCUGAUUGCCACACCGGCCUGACAACAUGUUUAAAAAACUAAAGCAGAGGAUAAACGAGGAGCAGUCGCCGCAGAGGAAUGCGCAGUCACCACAGCAGCAGGCCCAGAUGGGCAGUGGAGACCGGCGCAGCAGCCAGACCCCGCCGUUUCCUCACGAUGGCUCACCCUCUCCCAGUGACCGAGAGGUGCUGGCCGGGAUGAUAGCAGAGCCCGCUUUUCUCUCUGAGUAUACUAUCUUUGCUCUGGACCAUUCAAAACGACCCAAAACGGCCCAGGUAGCCAGUGUGAGUGCCUCUAAAGGACCAGCGAGAUCUCCCAGAGGUAGCAUCAAUGGGGAUGGAAGUGCUUCUCCUCAUAGAGAGGAGACUCAGUCAUUUGCCCAGAAACUGCAGCUAAAAGUUCCCUCAGUGGAGUCGUUGAUUCGCGGCGGUGCCAGUCGGGCAGAAAGCCUGUUCCGCUCUCCUUCUAAAGAAAACCUGGUCCGAAGCUCGUCGCGUGACUCCCUGACACCGUUGGGAGAAGAGUCACCGGGCGCUCCCACAUAUGAUCCCCCUUCCGAUAUUGAGAGCGAGGCUGAGGAGCCACCAGGUAGUGCAGAGUCCCUUUCCAAAGACCAGCUGUUGCACCGACUGCUUAGAGUGGAAAGGAGCCUGGGGAAGUACAGAGGGAAGUACUCAGAGCUGGUUACUGCGUACCGAACAGUACAGCGAGAUAAAGAAAAAACGCAGGUCAUCCUUAGUCAGAGUCAAGAUAAAGCUCUCCGCAGGAUAGGGGAGUUGCGGGAGGAGCUUCAAAUGGACCAGCAGGCCAAGAAACACCUACAGGACGAGUUUGAUGCUGCUCUGGAGGAGAAAGACCAGAUGAUCACUGUUCUCCAAACACAGGUUGCUCUGUUGAAGAAACGAACCAAGGGAGUCUCUGAUGGCGCUGUGGGUGACGUCCCUCAAUCUGAAGAUGCUCCAGACUCUUCCACACAAAGUCCUUUGAAGGAGCAAGGAAUAGAGCCGGAUGUCACUGAGGGAGAGGGCAACAGUGAUCCAACCAAACUUAUAGAGGCUCUGCAGAAGAGAGUGAAGAGGCAGGAAAACCUACUGCAGAAGUGCAAGGAAGUGAUGCGUACGCACAAGGAGCGUAGCGCCCAGCUGGGCACCGAGAAUGAAACUCUGCAUGAGCAGCUGCAGGAGAGACUGCAGGAGCUGGAGAAGAUGAAGGAACUGCACACAACCGAAAAGACCAAGUUGAUCACUCAGUUGCGUGAUGCCAAGAACCUAAUUGAACAGCUGGAGCAAGACAAGGGAAUGGUCAUUGCUGAGACAAAGCGCCAGAUGCAUGAGACUCUGGAAAUGAAAGAAGAAGAGGUUGCCCAGUUACGCUCCAGACUCCAGCAGGCUACUGCCCAGAAAGAAGAAUUACAGGAACAGAAAGAAAGGGCUGAGAAAUCAGCAUUUGAAGAGCUUGAACGAGCGUUGGGUGUAGCUCAGAGGGCGGAGGAGGCCCGAAAACAGCUGCAGGUUCAGCUGGAGGAGCAACUGAAAGAAGUUGAAAGGGCCGGUGAGGAAGAGAGGAAGAGUCUACAGCAGGAGCUCACACGAGUCAAACAGGAGGUUGUCACCAUAAUGAAGAAAUCAUCAGAGGAAACGGUGGCCAAUAUGGAAAAACUCCACAGUGAAGCUUUGGCUGCUAAGGAAGAAGAGAUAAGUGCCAGAAUCAACAAAGCUGUGGAGCAAUGCAAAGAGGAGUUUGCCCAGUUAGGCAAAGAGCGAGAACAGCAGGCUUCUCUGGCACUGGAGGAUGUAGAGUUACAGAAGACGGCCCUGAGGACCGAAGCUGAUAACAGGGUUAAAGAGAUACAGUUGGAGCUGGAGGCUGCAAGAACUAGAAUAUUAGAGCUGGAGAGCUCUCUGGAGAAGAUCUCACAAGAUGGAUCAAGUCUGUCCCAUGAACUUUCCAGUCAGUUGGACGAGCUGAAGGAUAAACACAAAGAGCAAAUCUCUGCAUUAGAGGAAAAGCAUCAGGAGCAGCUGGAAAAGCACAAGGGCACCCUAACCCAGCAGCAUAAUGCUGCUCUUGAGGGGCUCAAGGAAAAACACAGAGUUGAAGUGGAGACCCUUCUGAAAGAUAAAGAACUGCAGUUCCAAGCACAUGUUGAAGACAUGAACCAGAAGACUUUGGAGAAACUGGAUGCAAAACAGGCAGAGCUGGAGGCUGUUUCUGCUGAACUUUCUGAAGCUUUGAAGAGUAAAGAGCUUCUGGAGGAGAAGUUGGUGGCAGCUGAAGAUGCUCAUAGUUUAGCUCAACAGGAACAUGAGAAGAAGUUUCAAGAUCAGGUGUCAAAGCACAAUGUGGAGCUUGCAAAUAUCAAACAGGAGCACGAGCAGUCACUUGGAGGAAUAGAGAAAACUCUGAAGGAGGAACUUAAUGCAAUGAAGAUUGUUCUGAGGGAAAAGGAAAAGGAAAUUAAAGAACUUGUGCUUAGAGAAAAAACAUUACAAGGCGAAUCACAGGAGUUCAAUGUCAAGGUUAAAGAAUUGGAGGAGCUGCAGCAGUGUUUAUCACAAUCCCAGCUGGAAAAUAGAAGCCUAAAAGAAUCUAAUGCACAGUUAAGUAAAAUCUCAGAGGAUCUUGAUCAGUGUAAAAAGGAUUUGACAGAUUUGGAGCAUCAGUUGGAAGUAGCAAAGAAUGACUGUCAACAAAAAGAAAAGUCGCUUCAAGAACUAGAGCACCAAUUACAACAGGGCAGAAAGGAACUAUCAGAGAAGGAGAAGUCAUUUACUGCAGAACUGAACACUAAGCAGGAAGAACAGAUACGCCUUAAGAAACAGCUGGAUGGUGAAAAAGCUGCGCAUGAGAAGAAGUUGAAAAACACUAUAACUGAGAUGGAAGCUAAACUGAAAUCACAGGAAACAAAAAUGGAAAAGUUUAAGCAGAAGGCCAAAGACAUGCAUGAGAGCUUUAAGAAAAAGCUCCAGCAGAAUGAAGAAACCAUGAAGGAGGAACUUGCAAAGAAGGAGAAAGAGCUUCAGCAGAAAGAGCAACAAGUUCAAGACAAAAUUGUGGAAAUGUCCCAAAAAAGUUCCCAAGGCCUCAGCAGUGCAAUGUCAGAGCUGCAGGCCAACCAUAAGGAAGAACUGCAGAAGCUACGUGACACCCACAAGCAUGAGCUUGCGGAGCUGGAGCGUCGUUGGCAGGAGAAGUUGGGCCAGCAGGAGGAAGAAUUAAUGGAGAAACACUCUCACAUGCUACAGGAGAAGGCUCAGGAACUGGAGGAACUUUCUCAGCAACUUACUAGAAGCAAAGAGGAAAAUGAGCAAGUGCUGCGUGAAAUAAAGGACUUAAAGGAGGACCUGGCAAUUCGAGAAACCACAGUGCAGAAGCUGCAAGAAGAGCUGAAUGAAGCAGCGGUUAAGCUUGAAAGUUUGUCCCAGGCGGAGGCGUUGCUCAAAGAGCAAAUGGAGUCAGUGGAGAGGAACCUUAACCAGGCUCUAAACGAGAGAAACUCCCUCCAAGACAAGCUUAGCACAACUAAGGAUGAGAACAGAGAGAAGUUAAAGACCUUGUCAGAAAAGUUGGAGGCGACAGAGAUGCAGCUUAAAGCAGUGGAAGGUUCCAGAUGUAAGGAAAGCGUGGACUUACAGAGUAAAUUUGAGGAAAAUGUCAUUCAGCUACAAGCCGUUAUCGAUACUAAAGUAGAUAUAAUUUGCACUUUAGAGGAGAAUCUCCGGCAGCAGACGGAGGAAAAUAAGAAUCUAUGCAUUUCAUUAGAACAGAUGGCCGCUCAGGUAAAUGCUCAUACGCAGCAUGUCGAAGCCUUAACAUGCGAGAAGGAGAAUCAUUCUCAGUCUAUCAGUGAGAAAGUUCAGAAAAUUGAGGAGCUGAGUGAAGCAAACAGAAUCAUAUCAGAAAGUAUUCAAACAAACGAGUCACAUAUCAGUAACUUGGAAAGCAUCAUCAGUGACUUGAAAAAUCAGCUAGCAAGUAGCAUAAAAGAGAAGGAGGAAGCCAUAAAUCAGCUGAACCAGCAGUAUAAAGAGGAGAGACAACAGGCGGCUGAGACCAUAGAGAGAUUAGAGCAGGAGAGAAAGUCUGCUUUAGAGCAGGCGGAUGCACUCAGGAACAGUCUGUCUGAGUAUGAGAACAAGUUCACCCAGAAUGACAGCACUAUCACAUCUCUACAGACCAGGCUGGAAGAACUGGAGCGUGAUAUCGCUGAAAAGGACGAAUCUCUGCAAAGGCUGACAGCCAGUAUUGACAAUCAGUCCAUCAGCAAGUCUGAGAUGGACCAGGUGCUGAGUGAAAAAGAGCAGAAGGUCAGCGGACUCACCUCGGAGCUGGAGAGUUGCAUCAGUCGACUCGAUGAGCUUCAGGAGCAGUUGGCCUUAAAAACAAAAGAGUGCGAACAACUCGCAGCUGACGUCAAACAGCAACAGAGCAUCAGGGAGAAUGAAAAGAGAGAGUUAGUAGAGCAGCUGCAGCAGACCCAGAUGAAGUGCACUCAGAACGGUAAUUUGGAGCAGGAGAUGGUAGAAAAACUACGCUUCCUCGAGGAAGACAACCAAAAGUGUAAACACAAGCUUGAAAGUCAAAGGGAGGAAUUUGAAAAGAUGAAAGAUGAAAUUAUCAAGAGCAAGGACGAGAGUUUGAAGGCAACCGAGUCGAAGUUAUCUGCAGAUAGUGCUCGGAAAGUGUCAGAGCUGAAGAAGAAAGCUGAGCAGAAGAUCGGCCAGAUUAAGAAACAGCUAACCUCGCAGAUUGAGGAAAAAGAGCAGACGAUCAAAGCUCUUCAGAGCAGUCUGGAAGAAAUCAAGAGCAGCGAAACGUCUGUCAAACAACACACAGAAACAUUAGAAGAGAAAACAAAAACACUUGAGGAAGCUCUUGUCAAGCUUAAAGAAGAGCAGGAGAACCAACUUGAACAGAUUCUGAGUAAUGAGAGGCAUGAGAAAGUAAAGUCUUUGGAGGAAUUGAGAAACGUGUACGAAGAGAAGCUGUCCUCGCUUCAGAGAGAUGUAGCGCAACAAGGGGAGCGGAAAGAAACUGAAUCAACGCUACAAGAAAUCGAGGCGAAGCUAAAAGAAGCAGAAGAGCAGAAUGGAAACCUUCUUGCAGAAAUAAAUCGGCUGAAAGAAGAAAUAUGUGAGAAGGAUGCUCAAAUCGGUCAACAUCAGGCAACUAUUAAGCAGGUCCAGAAUUCAUCAGAACCUGGGGCUGAGAUGAUGGUGGAAUGUAGCAGCAUACAGCAAACCAAGAGUGCUAUGGAAAACCACUCUCUGCUGGAGGAAGUGGGCGGUGAUUCUCUAGAGUCUCUGAAGAGCAAACUGAGUCAGGUGAAGAACGAGAAAGACAAAGUCCACAAGGACUUCGUCAGGCUACAGAAAGACAUCAGAUUACUGAGGAAGGAGCAUGAACAGGACCUAGAAUACAUGAAGAAAGAGGUGUUAGAAGAGAAUGAGAAAAAGCUCAAAUUGGAGUUGGAAGAUGUGGAAAUGAAGCACAAUUCUGCUAUCAAACAGUUAAUGAGGGAGUUCAACACACAAAUGGCUUUGAAAGAGUCGGAGCUUGAUUCAGCAGUGAAGGAGGCCAUUGCAAAGGCCCAGAGUGUAGAAGCAGAGCUCAUCAGUAGCCAUCGUGAUGAAGCCAGUCAGCUGAAGAAGCUGCUUGCCCAGAAGGAGGAUGAUUUGCACAGAACUGUUCAGAAAUAUGAGCAGGUUAUACAGAGUCGAGAGGAGGAGAUGGGCGACAGAGUGUGGCAGGUCCAGAAAGAACUGGAGGAGUUGCAAGGAAGGACCCACGGCACUUCUGAGAUGAGUGUGGAAGAACUGCAGGCUCAGCUGGCCGAGAAGACGACUAUGGUGAGCGAGGCUCGGCUGAGGGAGCAGGGCUUUGUUGAGCGAAUUCACUCGCUUGAGGACAAGAUUAAAUGUUUCCACCGAAGCACUGUUGUAACUCACCUCGGGAGCACAUUCAAAGACCCUGGAUUUAACAGCACUGAUGCACUCUCAGAAGCCACUGAGAUGGAGUACCUGAGGAAGGUGUUGUUUGAAUACAUGAUGGGACGGGAAACAAAAACGAUGGCCAAAGUAAUUACCUCGAUGCUCAAGUUUCCUCCUGACCAAGCGCAAAAGGUUUUGGACAAAGAAGACUCAAAAGCGAUUCCUUGGUUACGAUGAGGCUCUGAAUGAUUUAUGAACUUUUGGGAUGAAAAUCUGCUGCUGCUGCUACUGCUGCUGAGGGGGAAGACUGCCAUGGAUUUGAUUAAGCCCUUCUCUCUGCAUUUAAUGUCAUUUUAAUGCGUGUGUGGGUGUUUGUAUGUGUGUUGGAGCACACGCUGGGGCAUCAGAGUUGUAUGUGUCGUGUGUGUGUGUGUGUGUGUGUGUGUGUGUGUGUGUGUGUGUGUGGUGCUGUAUGUAUGAAUAUAUCUGAAGGUAUGAGGGAAUUAGAGAAUAUGCCAGAAACACAAAUCUUCCAUGAAUCCAGUUUUACUCUGAAAUUAAGUUUGUUAAUUUAUAUGUUUUAGAGUUUAAGUUGAAUUGUUUUCCUUUGAUUUUUAGAAUGUGUUUAUACAGAUUGGCUUGUGCAAUAAAUUAUAUCAUUAUCACGUAUUGACGCUGACAGGUCAGUUGAUUUAUAGGUUUCUGUGUUGUGCUGUUGUCUGAAUCUCUUCCUCUGUAAAACUGUAAACGACCCUUUAACUGUGCACUCGCACCACAUUAUGAUCUACUGGCCUCUGGACCUUGUUUUACACAGCUUUUCUAUGCUUUAUAUUUUGUCACUGACAUAGAAACGUAAAAAAACACAAACUGUAAAUUGUACUAUGAUUAUUAAAACUGUACUAUAGGGCACUACAUUUUCAGACUAACAGAUUAAAUCCUAUUUACAGAA